AUGAAAAGAAAUCUUGCAAAGCGUUCCAAUGAACAACGACUUUUAAGACCACGUCUAGAGGUUAAAGAAGAGGAAGGAUUUGAUAGAAGUGAUGUAAAAAAAGCAUUGUUAGAAUCAUUGUAUGAACAGCGUAAGGAAGAACGUCGAAAGGAAUUGGCAAAAGAAUUGAAACGACGUGAAAAUUACAGUAGAAAUAGACUUACUGAAAAGGAUCAGAAAAGGAGCAAGAGUAAUGAGCAUAGAAAUAAUAGUGAAGACAAAAAACAAAAUGAAAAUUCGAAAUUAAAAAGAAAAAAGGAGAAAAGAGGAGUUGAACAACAUACUUCAAAAGAUAAGAAUUUAUUGAAAGGAAAAGAAAAAGUCAAAAUUCAGGAGAAUUUGGUGAUAAAAAAUAAGGAUGCUGUAGUGGUAUUGAAGAGUAAAGAGAAAAUAAAAGUUUCGAAAGAGAGAAUUGCUGAUCAAGAAGAAAAACUAAACGAAGUUAUUCCGGAAGAAGCAAAAACUGUUGUCGAGAAAGUGGUACAUAAGAAAGUAUUCGACAUUGAAGCGUUACCGUCAACUACAGAUUUUGUCCGAUUUAUGUCAUUAGAUUACUCAGAUGAUCUUGAAGGUAUACCAAAAGAAUUACAACAUUUUCGUACACUUCCAUUAGUACCGGUUCCAGAAUUACCAUGUUCGUGUUCAGAUGUUGCUUCACAUAAUGCAUGUUGGUUUCCAGCUCAAUAUCAACGGGUUGUUAUUAUUUUAAUUGAUGCUCUACGAUAUGAUUUUGUUGCACUGUCUCAAUCACAGUAUAAUAAUAGCAGAAAAGAAUAUUCUGGUCACUUUUCUACUGUUACUCGUUUACUUGAUGAACAGAAAGAUUCAGCAGUUUUGAUGCAUUUUCAUGCAGAUGCUCCAACUACUACGAUGCAACGUUUAAAAGCAAUAACUACUGGUUCACUUCCCACUUUUAUUGAUGUUGGUUCAAAUUUUGCAAGCACUGCAAUAUUGGAAGAUAAUUGGAUUGAUGAAAUUGUCGCAACAAAUCGAAGUAUUGUUAUGCUUGGAGAUGAUACAUGGAUUUCAUUAUAUCCAAAACAGUUCAAACGUAAAUAUCAUUUACCAUCCUUUGACAUAAAUGAUCUUCACACUGUUGAUCAGAUGAUUUCAGACAAUCUUUUCGACGAACUUGUAAAAUCGGAUUGGACUGUUCUAAUAGCACAUUUUCUUGGCGUUGAUCACUGUGGGCAUAAAUAUGGUCCGGAUCAUCCUGAAAUGUCCAAAAAAUUAAAGCAAAUGAAUGAAAUCUUGGCAAAAGUGGUCGAUUCUUUGGAUAACAAUACUUUAUUAUUGGUAAUGGGUGAUCAUGGAAUGACGGAAAAUGGUGAUCAUGGUGGCGAUGAGCCACUGGAAACCGAUGCUGCCUUAUUUAUGUUUGCUAAAAGAAAGUUGAUUUUUGCGGAACCACCAGAUUCAGUUUCGCAGGUUGACAUUGUGCCAACAAUCAGUUUAUUACUUGAUUCACCCAUUCCAUAUUCUAAUAUUGGAACACUAAUUGAUUGUGUCAUAGUACCAGAACAUCGAGAUCUAGCAAUAAGCAGUAAUGCAGAGCAAAUGAUGCGCUAUGGACGGACUAUUGUGGCGGAAACUCAAUUACCGGAAUUAGAUUCAUUGAUACGAAGUUUUGAAAAUAAUGGCAAUGUAGAAAACUCUAUUGAUUACAUGCGACGUUUACAAGAACUUUUACGUGCUUCAUGGACUGAAUUUAAUAGUAGUUUCAUGCGAAUUGGUUUUUUAUCAUUGCUUGAUGCAAUAUUAUCAGUUUAUGGUUCGCUUUAUACGGGAAAUAUUUCAUUUACCUCUUUGGUUUUUCGUUCCGGUCUAUUUUUCAUCCAAAUGUCGGUUUUUUUAAUUGGAGAUGAUGAACAUUAUGUUGCAAUUUUGGAUUUUCUAUUAUCCUUCUCAUUAAUCAUUCGACUUAUUCGAGCAGCUAGGACAUUAUUUUUAUUCGCACCAACAAUUUGGGAAUUUGCUGUAUUUUGUAUAACUAUUGCACAUGCAUCAUCUUUCCUUUCUAAUAGUUACAUUAUUUUUGAAUCAUCCGUAAUUCGUUUCCUGACGCAAACCGUAGUUGCUAUUGCAUUUUGGCAGUCAUUUUCAAACUGGAAUCAUAGUAAUCGUCGUCAAUCGAAAUCGUUUUUAGCUUUGUUAGAAAAGCGUUUUAAUUGGCAACGUUUCCUUAUCUUCAUUAUGAUCAUUUUACUUUUGCGAUUGGGUAUUUUCUUUGAAAAAUGUCGAGAAGAACAAGGAGAUGCAUGUGAAGCUACAAUAUUUUCACAGUCAUUUUCACAUAUCCCUCAUAGUCCUCUAAAAGUAAUGCGUUUUAUGCUCGGUAUAGCAGUACAAAUUGCUGCUGCAUAUAUGGCAACGAAAUUUCUGCAAAAUUAUCCAUCUGAAAUUUGUACUUCAACAUUAAUUUUUCCAACAACAGUUGCUAGUAUUGCUUCAUGGUUUUCUCUUUGGUUACCCGAAGAUACUAUUAAUUAUUUUGCUCGAUUUUCACUUGGUACUGCUCAGCCAACAUUUUCAUCAAUUCCUUGGCAAGCAGCCUUUAUUGGUGUUCCCGGUAAUUUUGCCAUCCAAAUAGUACCAGGUGCACUUGUCAUUGCUCAUAUUUUUGCAUCACAAAUCAUUACAUGUGUUGCAUUACCGAUGCUUGUGAUGCAGCAAAAUUAUCGACAAUCUGGUCUCUCACAUUGGACUUAUAAAUUGAUCUUAUUUCAUUCAUUAAAGGCACUCUCAGUAUGCAUAAUGGCAGCUAUACAUCGACGACAUUUGAUGGUUUGGAAAAUCUUUGCUCCGAAAUUCAUUUUUGAAUCACUUUCUCUUUGUGUUGUUUGUUUUACUCUGCUAAUUACCAACUGUAUCUUUUGGAAGUUGGUUGUACCUCCACCUCUUGACUUAACUGUUAAAAGGAGUUAA